CUGGCCGCUUCCUGGGGCCUGGAACCCUGGCUGCCAUCAGCCAUGGCUCCCAAAAAGAGUGUGAGUAAGGCAGGCAAGGAACUUGAGGUCAAGAAGAAGAAAGUGGGCAAGAAGGAGCCUGUGGUGGUUGUGGAGGCACCUCUGGCCACGGAGGUGAAGGAGUUCUACCACAUCCAGAUCCGAGACCUGGAGGACCGGCUGGCCCGGUACCAGCGGAAGUGGGAUGAGCUGGCUGUGCAGGAGAAGCUGUUCCGCCAAGAGUUCGAGCAGCUGGCCAACAACAAGAAGGAGAUUGUGGCCUUCCUCAAGCGCACACUCAACCAGCAGGUGGAUGAGAUCACGGACCUCAACGAGCAGCUCCAGAACCUGCAGCUGGCCAAGGAGAUGGAGAAGGAUGCCUUCGAGGCGCAGCUAGCCCAGGUGCGCCACGAGUUCCAGGAGACCAAGGACCAGCUCACCACAGAGAAUAUCGCCCUUGGAGGGAAGCUGGUAGCCCUGGAGGAGUUCCGGCUGCAGAAAGACGAUAUCAUGGACAAGUUCACAUUGCUGGAGGACCAGGUGCAGAAGCAGGAGAAUGAAUUCAGGGACUAUGCGUACGACCUGGAGAAGAAGUCAGUGCUGGACAAGGACAGACUGAGGAAAGAAAUCAUCCAACGCGUGAACGUCGUGGCCAAUGAGUUCCGCAAGGUGACCACAAACCGGAUGUGGGAGACAACCAAACGGGCCAUCACGGAGAACAACAGCAUUACCCUACAGAUCGCCAGGAUCUCCCGGCAAGGCGCGCAGCUGCUGCAGGAGAAUGAGCAGCUCAAGCGAAGUCAGGACUAUCUGUGCAAACAGGUGGAGCUGCUGGAGAACACGGAGAAGGUCAUGGCCAGGCACAAAAUUGGCUGCCAGAAGGUCAUCCUUAUGCUGACCAAGAAGUGCCAGGAGCAGCAGCAGGGCACCAAGGAGGCCAAGGAGCUGCGCCUCCUGCUGAGCCAGUUGGAGCAGACAGUCUUGCAGCUGCAGGUGGACAACCAGGCACUGACGAGCCAGAGAGACCAGCUGAGCCUGCAGCUGGAGCAGCGGCAGGUGGACUUGCGGAGGCUAGUGCAGGAACUGGCUGAUGAGCAGAAGGUUCGGGCCAGCCUGGAGGCGGCCCUGGCCCAGGCCACCUCCUUCCUACAGAGCAUUCUGCAGAUGCGCCCUGAUGAACAGGACAGCGAAUUAGACGUGACGUUCCAGCCGUGGCACAAGGAGAUGCUGCAGCAACUGCUGGUCAUGCUCGGCUCCACUGUGGUCCUGAGAUCCCAGAAGGCUAUGUGUCCCCACCAGGAGUCACAGUCCCAUGGUCCACCCAAGGAGAGCCAGCCCAGCAUCCAGCUGCCCAGGACUGGGUCUCUGCUGCCGAAGCUCUCUCACAUCACACCCUACCGGCCGGGGGAUCUAGGCCUGGUACCUCGCCAGGCCCGCAUCCCACCCAGCACCCAGGACCUCAGACUGCUGUCAUAUAUCACCCGUGUGGGGACCUUCCGGGCACACAGCAGUCACGAGAUCCAUGCCCCUGGUUCUCUAAAAAGGCUCAAAAAGUUUAGUCUUCCUGAAUUUCCCCUACGUCCCAAAUAG